AUGGAACAGCUGGGGGAGACUACGCAAAGCGUCUUCAUCGGCGUGUGCGUGCUGGGCGGCGUCGCCGUGUUCUUCUUGUGCUGGCUCAUCUUCCUCUGUCUGGCUGUUAUGGGCAUGAACAAGUCGAUCACGCUGCUGCAAAGCCAAAUUAACGACGUGGGCGGCGGGGGUGGCGGCGGGACGACGAUGGCUGCGAGUGUGAUGAUCCCUGGGGCCAGCCCAACAAAGUCCAAAUCGUCCGACUCGCCGGGUGGCCGCGACCAGACGGAGCGUCCGAAGCUCGACCUC